GUUGCGCUCUAGACACCGAGUCGGUAACAUGUCUGAAAAGUGCUCUACCUGUAAUACUGGCUUUGCACACAAUGCUCAUCAAAUCAAGUGCGAAAAGUGUUUUAAUAUUUUUCAUCCCAGAUGUGUUGGAGUAUCUAAGGAGGAUUUCAUGAGUUUAAGGGACAAUAAACAAAAAUGGACCUGCCCGAACUGCUCGAAAGUAAGAUGCGUAUGUGUUAAUGACGAUAUCAAAUGCGCUGCGAAGGGCUCAUCGGAACAUUCGGCUCUCCUAAAUGAGAUCAAAUCCUUCAGAGAGGAGUUAAGGGAGAUGAGAAAGGAUUUUAUCUCAUCAUUAAAUAAGUAUUCUGAUAUAGUCGAAAAAAACUCAGCCCUCAUCGAGAAUAAUGCAAAGGAGAUAAAGGAACUGGGAAGAAAAAUUGAUUCACUAGCAGAAAUUAACACCAAUUUGCAAUUAAGGAUGGAAGAAAUCGAAUAUCAAAACAGUAUGUUAGAACAAAAUUUGCUGUCUAAUGACAUCGAAAUUCAAGGAGUUCCAAAGGUUGAAAAUGAGAAUGUGCUAAACAUUGUUAAGAAGAUCUCUGGAAUUAUCGGCGUUCAAAUAAGUGAUAACAACAUUAGUGAUGUGUACCGAGCCAGAGGUAAUCCUUCCACUAAUUCACNCUCCCUCUCCCCCUCCCUCUCUGGGAGACAGAGACUUUUUUCAAAAAGUGAACAGUAA